UUAAAGGUAGCAUUUGAUUCUACCCGCCAUUUAUUUUCUCUCUCACAUUGUCAGCGAUGGGUGGCCAAGAAUAUGAUUCUGAUGAUUCCAACAGCGACAGGGGUGGUAUCCCCAUUGAAGGAGUCAUUUUCUUGCUCGAUGAUCUUUUAUAUCAAUUUGACGCUCAAGAUUACUUCGAUGACGAUGAGACCGAGCUCAAUUAUCCCUAUCGCGUUGAAAGUAUUGCUGCAACUUAUGUCUCGCCCGUGGAAGAAAUUUUAUCAAGCAGACUCAAUAUUGCUGGCUUUGUACGUGCCAUCUAUGUAAAUUUUGGACCAAUGGGUUACUAUGAGCUCGACCCCAAUGCAAGGGGAAUCACUGAACCCACGGUUUUUGAAGCACAACUGAGUGACCUGUUCAAAACUGGAAAAAUUACUAACCCAGACAACGGCCAAGUGAUUUGGCGGAUGAUAACCAACUUUUCAAGCAUAUUGUCCAGUCUACCUGCAAACAAUCAAAUAUUGGGUUGCAUUUAUAGAGAUAAUGACCGUUCCGGAGAGCGCACGUACUACAGAGACUACAUCAGAGAUGCUUCUUAUGAACAAACUUGUGUGUUUGUGGUUGGUGAAAUUGGCACUCAGAUUGAGGACCAUAUUGAUGAUCUUGUGGGAGUUCCUGGUCCUGAUAUAGAUGCUACUCAAUGCUUGAGAUGGAUCAUCUCAGCAAUGGAGGAAAAAUGGGGCUGGUAAUAAUUCUUGUCAGUUUGUAAAGUGACCCUUGCAUUUUCUGUGUGACGCUGGAUAGUGUUUACUCUAUAUCUUUUUUGUUUAAAACUUCCAUUUUAAUUGGUCUGUAAAUAAAACUAUUAACGGAUUAGUUCAGGAGAUGCACGUUUGACACAGGCUCAAUUAUGUGAGAUCAAUGUGAAUUGGUGUCUAGAGAAUAGCAUCUACGUUUUCUAUGUAAGACUCCCAAUCUUGGUUUUGGUAAGUCCUCUGCAUGCGCGAAAUUUAGUAAACUGAUUAUUGUCGGGAGAAUGACAAAAAUGGU